AUGGCAAUGCAACUGCAUCCAUUAUUUGAUAUUGAUGAUGUUGUCAACUGUUUUAAGUUUUUGCCUAUUAAAACUACAUGCGCGAACUUUCCUCCCACCACGCAAAAUGUGCCCUCGUGUCGAUAUUUUAUACAUAGACUAGACUUAAGAAGAAGUGAAGAAGAAGAAACAAGUGACUGGGGACCAACCCCGGUUAGUUCAACACCCGGAUGA